AUUGUUGCCAAGGUCGGCGCGUAUGUCGAGGUUACUCCGCUCCAGUUAUUUUCUGAAGGUUACUUGAUCGUGAUUCUGUCAGUACACCCGAACUACUUCCCAUCAGUUGACAAUACUUUAAGAACUCCAAAGGUUUUUUCACCUACUACCGCUGAUGCCGUCGUCUAGGACAGCUAGGAUAAGGCGAAAUCCCGUACCGGAUAGGUGCAUAGUCAUCAAGUGUAUGAGGAAAACAAUUUUCACUUUUGUUUUCUUAUUGGUCGGUCUUUCAACAGGACUCAUAGGACCAAGUAUUCUAUAUCUGGAAAAGUUAGCUGGCUCACGAGAGGACGAAACAGCUCUUGUUUUUACAUCGAAGGCCGUUGGGUGUAUUGGUGGAUGGAUAGUUAGCUGUUUAUUAUUGGAUUCAGAAGGUUCUACCAAACCAAGUGAUUUACUAAGUGUUGGACUUUUCGGCCUAGUGAUAUCCAAUGGUCUUAUUAUUUUCGUUAAACAUCUUUGGUGGAUGCUGGCAGUUUUUUUCCUUCAAGGUUUAUUUGUAACAAUUUCUUUGCAAGGAUGUGUUUAUCAUCGUGAGAAUGUAAAACAUCGACUUCACAUUGUGCCACAAUAUUUAACAACUGUUUUCUUAUUGGGUUGUGUAUUUACUCCAUAUCUUAUUUUAUUUAUUGAGCCAAAUUUAAACACCAUUACAUCAUUAGAUGUUCAUCCAAGUACUACACUCAAUGAACCACAACAUUCACGUAAUCAUAACUUUGUUUCAAACUUAUCUAAUGUAAAUCCCAUUAAAUUUGUUGAGAGUAGCAGUACUGGUAUUAGUAAACACAAUAAAAUUUCUCCAUUUAUUCGUAUCCCUCGACAAAUUUCAGUUAGUACCCCACUACUGAAUAAAUCUAAUUUUGGUCUGCAAACAACACCUCAAACCAUUACGGACAUUAAUCAUCAGAAAAUAUCUACCGAUCAAUCUCAUAAUUUAAAUCUAAUCAUACCUAAUUUUACGUUAACAAACGCAAUCAAUAUAAAUGAACCAUCACAUAACAUUACAGUGAACUCUUCUUCGGUUACUAUCAAACCUACAAUCAAGAAAAAGCCGUCAGUCAAUGAUGCUAAACAUUUAAACCAAGAUAGUUCAUCUGCGGAUGGUAGUAAAGCAGCGUCUAAAAUGAAGAAACUUACUGAAGAGCGUCAAAUUGAAAAAUUAGACGACGAUCCAUCUACCCAUAAACCACUGACCUCUGUCGUUAAUCCAAAUAAACUUCAAAAUCCUGUAGUUCAAAACCAGUCUACUAUUACCACUACUACUAUGUUGAUGAAUAUCACGAAUUUAAAUUCUACAAAACAAUCAAAUAAUAAUGAUACUAUCUCUAAACUUUCUACAAAUUCUUCCUCUAGCCAUCUUUCACUUCACUUGAACAAUGUUUCAACAGGAUUUCCACAUAACUCUAAAAUUGUUAAGGAUCAUAAAUCCAAUGAAAUCUUUAUUAAUAAUGCGAAUUUAACAAAAGAUACUUACAUAUCUAAUACAUCUAAACCGAUAACUAGGAAUAAAGUAAUACUUGGCAUGUAUAAUAUUACUGAUGAAGUUGGGUUAAUAACUAAUAACUCUUCUACUCAAUUAACAUUCAGUAAAUUUCCAUCUGUAUUACAGUCAAGCGAUAUUGUAGUUAUCAAUUCAACAAAUCAUAAAUAUCAUCAUCAUCGUAUUGCUGAACAUUCGUUGGAUAAAUCUCAUCAUAAUCUGUUACCGUUUCAACAUCCAGUAGAAUCAGUUCAGAAAGUUUAUCUACUACUAAGUGUUAUUUCAAUGAUACUUUGGCUGUUGACAAUUCCAUUAACAAGUUGGUGUGAAUCGAUAUUUAUUCGUUACUUUGAUCUUCAGAUCAUAGAUGAUAAUAAUUUCGAGCUUAUUUCCUCUGGCAAACUCUCGUCACCAAGUGUGAUGCAACGAUCAGAUACUGAUAGUAAUGGAAAUCAUUCUGAAGAAGGUCUCAAAUCAAGAUUACUUGGAGGAUCAGAUGAAGACGAUAGUGAGUCGGAUUCAGAUGAACUAUGGAAUCGAAGUCAUUUUAUUGAUAACAACGAGGAGAUAGUUUGUCAUUCUGAUUCUGAAUUGAAUGAUGAUAGUGUUGUUCUGAAAAAUUCAUUAAUUAAAUCAUCUUCAGGAAAUAAUGUUUCUGGUUAUUCAGUGUCUAAAUCGAUGACAGUAUUAAAUCGUAAUAUUGUUGGUAAUAAUAAGUCUAUUACCUCUUCUAUGAUUGAUUAUUCUGUAUUUGAAACUCAUUGGCCAAGAAUUCAAUGGCCAUCAAAUUUUUGGCUGUUAUUAUCUGUAUUUCUAAAUAGUGGUUUGGAGACAACAUAUGCUGGCUUUGUUGCUAGUCUCACUAUACGUUAUCUUCUUUGGUCUCCAACAUUAGCAAUAAUUGUGACCAGUUUGUUUUGGCUUGGUAAUCUCGUUGGCUUUUUAGUUCGUUUAUUAAUAAUCAAUAUUAAAUGGCCAGAUUUACGAGAUACUUUACCGGGUAUUUCAAACAGUCAUCUAUUAUCUAAGCGUAUAUAUUCAACUAGAAAACAUCGUCGUCAUUAUGCAAAGAAUACAAAAUCAUCAAUAAUUAUUACUAUCAUACAAUUGUGUGGAUGUUUUAUUUGUGUAACUAGUUCUAUUGCAUUAACAUAUUUAUCAAUGUCAACUGGAAGAUGUUCCACAACAUCGACAUCAUCAUCCCUAUUAAACAUGAAUUCAUUAUCUCAUCCUUAUAUAAUAUGGUUAAUUGGUAGUUUUUGUUAUGGUAUUGGUAUUGGUUUAUCAUCUUCUUAUACUGGUACAUUAAUGACUAUACAUUUAACUACAAAUUUAUUUUUUUCUAAUUCAUAUCAUAUUCAAUUAGCUACAUUUUUUGGUCAAUUAUUAAUGCCAGCAUUAAUAGCUAUGCUUCAUCAUCAAGCAUUAUUUUGGCGAUAUUCAUGUGUACAUAGUAUUAGUGUAUUAUGUUUAAGUAUAUUAAUGAGUUGUUCAUUAAUUAGUCAUUUUAUCAUUGAAAUUAUUGAUAAUAAACGUAAUAAUUUAUUGAAAUCAUCUAAUUCUAAUCGAAAUAAUAAUCAUGAUACAAAUUUACAUUAUUCUAAUGGGAAAAUUACAACACCAUAAUUAGUUUAUAAAUUCUAAUAGGGAUAGGUAAUAAAUUAUCUUCAGGUAAACUGAUGAUAGCUUCUUCUAAUAUUGUUAUUAUUUUGUUUAUUGCAAAUGUCUUUCAUCAAACUUGUCUUCAUGUGGUUAAUUGCUUUAACCUGUAAUAGUUUAUCGUAACUAUAUAUAUACACACAAAAAUAUGUUAUUUGUAUAAUACUACUACUAAUACCAACUCUCCUUCUUCUUCCUUCUUCCCUUCCCCUCCUAUCUAGUCUGGUAAUAAUGGUAUUUUGUUCAUUUGAUUGCAUUUUGUACUGUAUCAUUUGUAUGUGUACUCACCUGUAGUUUUUCUAUUACCGCCUUAUUUUCAUAGGUUAUCUGCAAGUUUGAUCUGUUGUUAUUUUAAUAUACUUCAUUACGUCAUGCAUUGAAUCUAUUUGGUUUAAUGACUUGUUUUGUUUAUUAUAUUGAAGUAUAAAUGCAAACAACACAUUUUAUUAAUUGGUUUUUUCUUUAAAUGGAUUGAAAUAAUCUGUUGACGUAUAGCUUCAGUAUUAAUUUAAUAUAAAUUAUUCACUAAAUACAGAUUGAUGUAUUCCACUUUAAGUCGCUUUAUUUAUGUUUGAAGGUUUAUGGUACUAUCUUACACCUGUUAUCCCUUGUGGAGCAUUGGUCGCCAACCAGGAGUCUCCGAGCUACUCUGUUCUAGGUUUCCCUUUCCAUCUGUCGCCAAGUUCUAUUGAUUAUUUUGAUGUCUGCCUCCAGUUCAAUAUGUUUUUUUCUUCGUCUGCCUCUUUUCUUUUUCCCAAUUUAUGGCUUAC